AUGAAGAGUCUAGCUGGGGCUCCUGGUACUUGGACUGGACUAAUUUUGAGGAUGGCACAGUGCUUAUUUUCAGUUGGAUCAAUUGCUUCAAUGGCAACUACCAAAACAUUCUUCAGUUUCACAGCUUUCUGCUACUUAAUAGCUUCAAUGGGUUUGGAAGCAAUAUGGAGCUUUGGACUAGCUGCCAUGGAUGUCUAUGCUUUGUCAAAGAAGAAGGAUCUUCACAAUUCUACUCUACUCAGCCUAUUUGCAGUCGGAGAUUGGGUUACUGCAACAUUAUCCCUCGCAGCAGCUGCUUCCUCAGCCGGCAUAACCGUGUUGUAUUUUGAUGACUUGGGAGGUUGCAGCCUGGGAGAAGAAUGCUCAAAGUACCAAAUGGCAGUUGCAUUGGCCUUUCUGAGUUGGAUAACUAUAGCAAUUUCUUCUCUCAUCAUGUUUUGGCUUGUUGCUGCAGUUUAG